AUGAAAUACCCAAACGCCUUGGGUGACAUCCCAAAUGCAGCACAAGAGUCAAAUCGUACCAACAGUAUACCUCGGUACAAUUACCUAGACUCUCCUUCAUCUUCCAAUCAUCCUCACUCCACUUCCAUCGAGCAAGGGAGGAUACAAACUUCUCCAUUGUACGAUCCCCAUAGCAACUUUCUCGGACCCUUACCUGAUGCCUGUGAUGAGAAAAUCAGCAAGAGUCCCGUCCUCGAGUCUCAAGACGGUCAGACUGGUGAACAUGCUCAUGGGGAGGUGACGGAAUCGGCAUUGAAUCAAUUGUUCAAAGAUCUCGAUCAAAGUCAUGAGGCUCAGAUUCAACAAGAUCAACUACUCGAUCCUACUUUGGCGGAUCAUGAUCACCAACUGGAUGACUAUCAACAUGAUCAUAAUCAUUCUUCUACCAACAGUCAAGAAGGUCAAUCAUAUAAACGUAAAGCGACUAGUAGAGCUAAUAUGUUGGCUAGAGGUGGAGCUUGCGAAUUUUGUAAAAAGAGGAAAUUGAAAUGUACCGCAGAAUUACCUUCUUGUUCAGCUUGUAUUCGAGCUGGGAAAGAAUGUGUUUAUUCUCAAAAGAAACAACGGAGUCGAGUUCGACAAUUAGAAGAUCGGCUUGUAGAACUUGAAAAACGAUUAGAAAGCACAGGAUCAGGAUCAGGUGUAUCAACUGUAACAUCUGAUCAAAAUUCAACAUUGGUCAAUGCGGUUCCAUAUCUCACUUCGAGAAGAAGUUCGGAAGCAUUGAUUAUGAGUCAAGCUCAUCAUGUGUCUUUGACUGAAAGAGACGAGCUGUUUUCUUUACCGACUCCUGAAGGUAGUUUUACCCUUGCUGGUUUGGACAUGACGGGGGGAACGGGAAUGGAACAUAUUGAAGAACCGGAUUUGAUGACUUUGGCAGAUGCUGCAGCUGCCAACGCUCCGGUUAUGAGAAGGAUGUCAAGUGAUGAUUGGCCUUGGGAAGGGAUGACGGCAGAUGCUAUCGGUCAUGCCUUAGUACGUGCUGUGGAAGGAGGCAAGGGGAUUGGAGAGAAGAUUUUGACUCAUCUAAUUCAGAUAUACGUCACAGCACCUCCCUCUGCUAUGCUCCUUCUCCUCGACGCCUGCCCCCCUCAAACCCUCCUCCAUCGCCUUUCACCAAGCUCUACAGAUCCUCCUCAUCCUUCACUCCUUCUCGCUCUACUCCCGUUUCUCCUCUCGGCGUCCACAUCCCCGGCUCUAUCCGCUGAUGAUCAUGUCGACGUCAUCUCCACGCAUCUCGUUCAGUCCAGUCGUAUGCACUCCCUCUCUGCCUUAUCUAUGGCCGACGGUCGCCUCCUCGACCUCGUUGCCGCUGAUACCAUCCGAGGCUGGGGUUUAUUCUGUCGCGCACGAUUUCUGGAUGGAAUCUCAGAUCUGAUCGGAUUGGCGGUACGAUCUUGGUCCGCAGGUCUUGGGAAGUUGGGCGGGACGGGGGCGAGGUUUGUCGGUGGAGAUGACGAAUGGAAGGUCUUGGUGGAACGUAACGCGAGGAUAAAGACGUUUAGAAGGAAGACUGCUGUUCAUCCGCCUCCAAAUUCUGCUACCGAUUUGGCCGCGAGGAUAAAGCUUUUCUGGGUGGUGUAUGUUGUAGAGAAAGCAAUGAACAUUGGGUGGAACUGGCCGAGCGGCUUCAACGAAGAAGAAAUAUCCACGCCUUGGCCUAGAGAAGACUAUUCCUCCCCUGAGGCGCUCAGAGACGAUCGUGGGAUAGCAGAUUUUUUCGAUCUGAACAAUACAUCUCCGACAUGUAGCGGUGUAUCCGGAGGUACAGAUUCCGAUUGGUGCGUUCUGGUCAAAGCGAUCACACUCCAGCAUCGGGCUGCUAGACAAUUUGAGAUAGCUCCCAAUGCCGCAACGACACAAAGAAAUUCUGAUCUGGAAACGGCGACGGUAAGAUAUAUGCGUUCUCUUCGUCCUGUCCCUUCGAUGGGAUCACAUGAGACUGCCCUCCGCUACGCUACAUUGAAUCUCGCAUGGACCAUUUUAUACGCAACAUUAUGUCUGUGCUACAUCAAGAAAGAAGUCGAUUCGACUCCUGGGAGUCAAACAGGAUUACCUGAUCAGAUUUUAGAUACGGCCGAAAAAGCUUAUGGUCAUAUUGAAAUGGCUAUGAAUGGAGGUGAUCCAGAUUUAGAAGGCUACGAACUUUUAGCUGUGGCAUGUUGGGCAGAUUUAGCACGUUCAUUAGCUUUAUACACUUUGAAUCUAGGUUCAACACGUUCACGAAUUCGUUCGAAAGAUCCUAUUUUCAUUACUAGAGCAGGAAGAGCAAGAGGGUUGACAGAUAAGUUUGUCAAGGCUUAUGAGAUCAUUGGUAAAAGAACAAAAGUAGGAAAACAUUUCAUGCUUGUUUUAGAGAAUCUGAUGAUGGGUUUCGAGGCGAAACAAGGGGAAUACAGUAGAGUAGAUUAUGUUGCUUGA